AUGUGGGGGUCGUGGCUGGAUCAGAUACAGAAGAGGCUCGACGACGUCUCCGGACUUGCGGAGCAAGCGAUAAUCAUGGGCGGAGGCGACGAAGAGGGGGAGGAGGAAGAGGAGGAUGAAGGGAAGGAGACAGAAAAAGUGGAAAACGUGCAGGGUACGAGUGGUGGCCGCAGCAUGUCUCCUCAGCCGUCACCGGAACCCAAACCGCAACAGGGAACGCACGGCACAACUUUUCUCAUUCAUGCGGAUGAUACGGUGGAUGGGUACUCGCUUCCACAUGAGGGAGUGGCGCUGGCAGCAGCUGCGGCAUCCAUGCCGUUUCAGACGAAGAACGCGUCGUGCUUUUUACCGGCCACACCGACAGAAGAACUGACCGGCUCCGCCGUGAUGACGGCUGUUGGGGGCACUGAAAAGGAGCCACUUCCAGUCGUGGGAUUGCCGGUGCGAUUGGUGGAGUCUCUGGAGGCUCCCGCAGCUCCCACAAUGCCGGAAACGGUAGUGGAAGUCGCAGCAGCGGCGCCAAAGCUAACUACGGAGGCAACCACACCCGCAGCUGUGGCUUCCACAGGUAUUGAUACCAUUGCUCAGGAUGACGCGGCACCGCAUCCCUAUAGCUGUCAACAGAGCCUAUUGGCAGGUGGCGGGAACGAGGACCAGCUGCUUCGGUUCCAGCAGGUGCUAGCAGAGGAACUGGAGGUGUCACGACUCCUGCGGGAGGAGAAGUGCUGCCUUCAAGACCGCAUAGGGACACUGGAAAAGGAACUGAGGGAUCUUCGUCUGUUUAAGAAGAACGCUCUUCUCGCUGACCCGAAGAAGUUGGAAGCCUUGGAGCGGGAAGGCAUGGAGCUCUCCACAAAAUUGGGGAAUGAGCGCGAGCGGUACAAGUUGCUCUAUGAGAAGAAGACACAACUUGAGAGCCGCGUGGAGACACUGGAGAAGAAACUUGCCCAGUGCGCGUUGAAAGAAGAGGAGUUUCAAAAAAGUAUAGCGGCAAGCCACACCGACUGUGAGGCAGCGAAACAGCAUGCGGAGGAGCUUCGUGUAUUUGUAGAAGUGCAGGAGAGUAAAUUACAGCAACUGCAGCGGCAGCUGACGAGCGCAAAACAGAGUCGCGCGGAACUCGUGGUGGAACACGAGAAGGAGCUCGCACAGCAAAAGGCGGAGCUGACCUUUCAGAGGGAAAGUAUGUCAGGCGCACUGGUCUCGUUGCAGCGGGAGAAGGAGGCUAUUGCGUCGUCAUUGCAACGGACCCAGAUGGAGUACGAGCGGCGAAUUCAGGAGCUGGAAAACAAACUUCUUCAGGCGAAUCGUCGUGCCGAUCAGGCGGAGGUGCGGCUCACGGAUCAUGAGCGCUCCGUCCUGGCGCCCCUUCGGGAGCUUCGAGCCGCGCUGGAUGACGUGGAGCGGCAGAAGAGGCUGCUGAUGGAAGAGGUCGAGUACUGGAAAGGGGAGUGCUCCGCGGCGGAGCGGAGUCGGGAGUCCGAGAAGAAGCACUUCACACAGCGACUGGCAGAUGCGCAGAGUGAAGUGCAGGUGGCGCACGAUGAGAGGCUUGCCGCCGAACAGGAGCUGCAGGAGUUUAGGGGAAAGCAUUCACAGGCUCACAAGGCCCUGGAGAGGGCUCUUGAACGUGCCUCCGAUGCAGAAGCGAAGAAGGAGCAACUCUCCAUUGCUUUAGAAGAGGUGGUACGGCGGAUGGAGGACGCUAGCAGCAGUAACAACAACAUCAGCACGCCCAACUCCAUUUCACACGUGGGAAUUGGGGAAAUGACACGGCAUUCACCAAUUUCCAUUGAGGGAGGUGCUAACAGCACACGGGUUCCAUUGUUUCAGGUGGAGACUACCGAGUCGGUGGGUGACUUCUGCCGCGGCAGCCGCAGUCGUGCGGAACGGGAAUUGGUGCGACAGGCCGUUGAGAUUGAGCGUCUUCGCCGCGUAGAGGAGGAGGGUGCAGAGGCGAAGCGAAAACUCUUGGCUCUCGCUGCCCAACAUGAUCUUCUUAUGCAGAUGUAUGGGGAACUGCAGGAGGAGCUUCAGAAGAGCCAGCUGGAACGGCCGUCAAAGUAA